GACGCAGCGGAAAUGGGUCACGUGGGGCGGAGGAGGGGCGCGGAAGAGACGAAGGGGCCUGCGCCUGGCGCCCAGCUGGACUUCGGCUGUAGGGUCUGUAUUUUAAGUGACGUCUAGGAGGGAAUCCCAGCAGGUCGCUGUGUGACGGACUUUAGCGCUUCUCCGUACGAUUUCUAAAUCGUCCCCGCGCCGCCGCCCUCUGCCCUCUGCCGGGCUUGGGGACCUAGUGCCCGGCGCUGCGGCCGGACUUUGCCAGGUUGAGAAGGCCCAAAGUCGGCUUCGCUUUGGGAGAUUUGCCUGACACAAUAUACUGCGUUUCUGGUAAAAGGGAGCAUUUAUGGGAUGGCAGAGUUUCCUGUUGGCUUGCUGAUGUGCAGUCCUGGGAAGACCAGUGUGUAAAGAUCAGCGGAGCACAAGCUGCGAUCAACAUUCCAGUAUGAGAAACUAGCUUUCGAAAAAGAAUGGAGUCUAAUGAGGAAAUGGCAGGAAGUCUUUUGAAGACAUCAUCUGAGUCUCUAAGGACAAAAUUGCUACAUCAAACAGGAUUGUCACUUUAUACUACAUCUCAUGGCUUCCAUGAAGAGAAAGUAAAGAAAAUACUUCAGCAGUUUCCUGGGGGAACCAUUGACCUUCAGAAGGAAGACAAUGGCAUUGGCAUUCUUACUCUGAACAAUCCAAGUAAAAGGAAUGCCUUCUCGGGUGUUAUGAUGCUACAGCUUUUGGAAAAAGUGAUUGAAUUGGAAAAUUGGACAGAAGGGAAAGGCCUCAUUGUUCGUGGGGCAAAAAAUACUUUUUGCUCAGGGUCUGAUCUGAAUGCUGUGAAGGCACUAGGAACUCCAGAGGAUGGAGUGGCCUUAUGUAUGUUCAUGCAAAACACCUUAACAAGACUUAUGAGACUUCCACUAAUAAGUGUCGCACUAGUUCAAGGCUGGGCGUUGGGUGGAGGAGCAGAGUUUAUUACGGCAUGUGAUUUCAGAUUAAUGACUGCAGGGAGUGAGAUCAGAUUUGUUCACAAGGAGAUGGGUAUAAUACCAAGCUGGGGUGGCGCUACCCGGCUAGCUGAAAUUAUCGGCCGUAGACAAGCUCUCAAAGUGCUAAGUGGGGCCCUCAAAAUGGAUUCCAAACAGGCUUUAAACCUAGGAAUGGUUGACGAGGUCUUGCAGUCUUCAGGUGAAACUGAAAGUCUGGGAGAGGCACAAGAGUGGCUAAAGCAGUUUACCCAAGGGCCCACAGAAGUAAUUAGAGCUUUGAAAAAAGCUGUUUCUUCAGGCAAAGAGCUUUGUUUCCAAGAGGCAUUACAGACCGAAAGAGAUCUUUUAGGGACACUUUGGGGUGGACCAGCAAAUCUGGAGGCUAUUGCUAGGAAAGGAAAAUUCUGUAAGUAGAUGUUUUAAAAUAAAAGGUACUGCAAUGAUUAAUGUGUAAAAAAGUUAAAUAUGAAAUGUCAGAAUUACUUCGAAGGGUACCACUGGUAUUUGGGUUUUUAAUCAUUUCUGAGUACCUAAACUCAUUGGCAUAAUUUUUAGAAUACUCUAGUACCCCCUCCACUUGCAGAAGUUAGGUUCCAUGAUUCCCAGGGGAAACCUGAAAGUGAGGAUAGGAACAAACCCUCUGUAUACUAUUUUUUCCUUUAAUUACACACCUGUGAUAAAGCUUAAUUUACAAAUCAGGCACAGUAAGAGAUUAACAGUACUAAUAAGCAAUUAUAAUAUACUUUAAUAAAAGCUUUGUGAAUGUGA